UCUGAAACUUAUGUUUUGAUUGAGAUAAGUUACGCGCUUUAGACAAAAAUCUUAACUUAAUGAAAUGGAGUUUGAAACUGAUUUUGGUGCUGCGGUAUUUACUCUUCAUGUUACUUUCUAAUAGUUCUUUAAUUGUUUGGAUUUGUUCACGUACUUUUUGUACUAGAAGAAUUAAGAGACCUAUUUCGACAUUAUGAUAAUAACCACCAAUAUUAAAUCUCACAUUGAAUUGUGAUGGAUAAUAUCAUUAGAAAUGAAAGACCUUUCAAAUAUGAGCUUAAGGACUUAUGCCAUUUGUAUAAAAAACUUGAAAUUUGUGAUGAGGAUGUUCAAAAUUGUGUAAAUGAAGUUUAUAGUAGUGCCAGAUCUGAAUUUCCUCUGAAGGAUCAAAAUGAUUCUGCAUUUACUUUAUUCUUUACUAGUCUGUGUACUAUAGCACGAUUGUUAUUCAACAUUUUAAAGUAUGUGUUGACUUGUAUAUUCAUCGUAGUAUUUAUUUAUUUGUUUAUUACGUCUCACAAUUCCGUCCAGAAGUUAAUCUUGAGAAAUUCACAGAGCUUUAUAUAUCCUGUUAUGCGCACUCUACGCAUGUGGACGUUACCUCUUCUAAAGAGAUAUGAAAUUCUCUCAGAUUGGCAUGAAGAAGAGUGCUUAGUCCAUAAUCCUUUUUAUUAUGAAUUACCUUUGGAUUGCUGGCCUUGUGAAGACGUCAGAACCUUAGUAGAUCUCACUGGAUUUCAUAAUUAUAGCAGUGAUUACGUUUAUAAUGAGCAGCCAUUUGUAGUCCGGGAUAGCAUAAAAAGGACAGUGUCGUUUGAAAAGCUACGCCAGAUUUACAAAAAACAUAAUGUUAUGCUAGACCGUGGAACUGCAAAAUUUCUAUGUAGUGAGAAAGAUUUCUGUUCUCCGAAAGAUGUUUUCAAUACGUUGUCACCACCAAAGAAUUCAUUUCAAGUCAUGUGGAAAAUAAAUCGCGUGGCUGCUGCUCGUAUAGUGAGAAAAGUCUUUCCUCGUCCAUAUUUUAUACCAAAUGCUAGUGAAGUGGCCUUAGAACGUUACUUAUAUCUAAGUGGAGCUGAAGCAUCUCAGUUCUUUUUGCCAUUGACUGACUUUGCAAAUGUUUGGGUAGCACAAGGACAAGGUUAUAGGUUGAUAGUGUUGGAUCCGUCUGAGCCAUGUGUGAUGAAUUGUUCAACAGUAUCUAUUCUCCUUCGACCAAGAGAUGUGUUGUAUUAUAACUGGCAGUUUUGGAGACCAAGAUCAAGACCAGCAAAUUUUUCUGAAGAUAUGAGCAUAACUUAUGUAGGAUCAUUUUAUUAAAAUAUUUAUACAUACAAAAAUAAAUAUAUACACAUAUAUUAUAUAUAUAUAUCAAUGUUAACUGUCAAAUCUUUGAUGUAAUCAAUGAAUGCAUUGCUGAAUGUGAUUUUAAAAUAUAUUUUGAAAAUACACUGCAUAUAACUUUUUUUAAACAUUAAGAAAAUAGCAACACCAUCUACCAACAUACAUAAAUAACUACACAAAAUGCAAUAAACUCCAAGGUGUAAAAAUCAGUUCUUGUAUUUUGCAACAGUGUGCUUCUUGGUCAGAUACUUCACAAUGAGGAACCUGCAUGCAUUUUUUUUAUUUUUUAAAAUGAAAAUUUAAGCCAUUUUAUAACGAUAGACACCGGUUUCAGUUCAUUCGGACUGCUAGUUAUUUUUUAAUUAAUUUUUAAAGUCUCCCGAUUAGCCCUGCCCACUUAGUUUCCCCUUCUCCGGUGAUGACGUCAAGAUUCAUUCCCGCUCCUCGCUCCUCUA